AUGUCAUUGAAGGAUUUUUAGAUUUUAUAAGAAUUAGGUAAGAAUUGAGAGAAUAAAAUCAUAGGUGAAGGAGCAUAUUCAAAGGUUUAUAAAAUAAAAAGAAUUGCAGAUUAACAAGAAUAUGCACUAAAGAAAGUUAGACUACAGUCACUAUCUGAUAAGGAGAAAUAGAAUGCUUUAAAUGAAGUGAGAAUUUUAGCAAGUGUUAGACAUGCAAAUGUUAUUCAAUAUAAAGAAGCGUUUUUAGAGGAAUAAUCAUAAAUUUUAUGGUAACUUUCUGAGAAUAGAUUUUGAUAGUAUUGUUAUGGAAUAUGCAGAUGAUGGAGAUUUAUUUUAGAAAAUAAUAGAGAGUUAAAAGAAAGGAGUUCUUAUGGCUGAGAAAGAUAUAUGGAAUAUUUUAAUUUAAGUAUAAUGAAUAAAUAAUAAAUAUAAUAGAUUGUAAAAGGACUGAAAGCAUUACAUGAUAUGAAAAUAUAUCAUAGAGAUUUGAAAUCAGCAAAUGUAUUUAUGAAUAAUGAUGGAACUGUUAAAUUGGGUGAUAUGAAUGUAUCUAAAGUGGCUAAGAAAAUAUUACUAUAUACUUAAACUGGAACACCUUAUUAUGCAUCUCCAGAAGUAUGGAAAGAUUAACCUUAUGAUUCUAAAUCUGAUAUAUGGUCUUUAGGUUGUGUAUUAUAUGAAAUGACAACACUUAAACCACCUUUUAGAGCUGAAGAUAUGAGUGGACUUUAUAAAAAAGUAGUCAAAGGAUAUUAUCCAAAAAUACCAACCAUAUAUAGUUAAGAUUUAAGCAAUGUUAUACGUGCAUUAUUGUAAGUUUAACCACAUCUUAGACCUAGUUGUGAUAAAAUCUUAUAAUUAUAAGCAAUUGUUAAUAGAUUAGAUGAUAAAAUCUUAAUUGAAGAAGAAGGUGCUAAAUUUCUAUUAUAAACUAUCAGAGUUCCAAGAAAUAUGCAUUAUAUAACUGAUAGAUUACCUAAACCUAAUUAUAAUCCUAUUAGAAUGACUAAAGUUGAUAAAUAUUAAUUUAUUUAAACUUUAGCUGUCUAAAAAUAGAACUAAGAAAAUCUAGAAGAUAAUCAUUCUAUCAAUGUAGAUUUCUUACCUAGAUUAAAUAAUAAAAAAAUUGAUGAAAGUAAUGAAAAUUCUGUUAUUUCUAAAAAUAAUAAAAAAGUUGAUGAUUCUUAACUUGAUAUCUAUUAAAAUAAUUCAAAUAAAAAUAAUUAAGUAGCUUAAAUUUAUAAUCCUCCUGUUAAAAGAAUUGGUAGAAUCUCUAAUAAAUAAUCUAAGGUAGAUCCUCUUAAAUUACCUAAAAAAUUAGAUAUUGAAGGAGAAUCAAAACCUUUAAUUAUAAAAAGGUUAAAAUUAUAAUUAUAUUUUUUAGUACUAAACAUGGAAUUGAAGAAAAAGCACCAUCAUUAUUACCACUUUUACCAAAUAUUAAGAAAGAACCUCUCAAAUUAGAAGAAGAAUAACUUAAAAGAAUUAAAUAAACUGAAGAAUUAAUCUAAUAAUUAAAGGAAAGAUAAUAAAAAUAAAGAAGGAAAUAAAAAUUAAGAAAUCUUGAUAAUUGA